UAUCCGUCUGCUUUGAAAAGGAACGCGCCUUCUCGGAUCAUUGAAAUCAUUGCGUGAAGGAAGUCUAUAAAAUUCCUGAGAUCAAACUUUUGAGUGCAAGAUUGCAUUCAAACACAGGAUUAGGAACGGAACAUAACCAGAAUUUAAAUCAGAUUUUUUAAAAAUUUGAGAGACUUUGAUUUAUAAAAGCAGAAAUGGCAGAGCAGUUGGGUGGUGGAUUAGACAUUGAAGAUGUUCGGGAGGUGUUUGAUCUUUUCGAUUUCUGGGAUGGUCGGGAUGGGCUUAUUGGCGCGGAGAAGGUCGGCGACUUAUUGAGAUGUCUAGGAUUGAACCCAACUGUUGCUAUUGUAAAGAAACAUGGAGGGACCGACAAGCCAGGUGAAAAACAGUUCAGUUUCGAAGAGUUCCUUCCAAUUGUAAAGUCUAUUCUUAAGAUUGAAGAUACUGGUACCUACGCAGAAUUCUGUGAAGCAUUUAAAUCUUUCGACAGAGAAGGCAUGGGCUUUAUCACCGCAGGAGAAAUGAAUUAUAUGUUGUCUGCAAUGGGUGAACGAUUAACUGAUGCCGAGACAGACGCCAUCAUGACUGAUACAGACACGCAGCCAGAUAUAGAUGGAAAUCUUAAAUAUGAAGAUUUCAUCAAGAAAGUUUUGAAAGGACACGAAUGGGCGAAAAAAUAAACUACAUCGUCAUUUGCUUCGUGGAUUCGAUUUGUACGCUAGACGUCAACAUAUUUGUGUCUCCUGUAUGGAAGUGUUCAAUUCACUGUACAUUUGUCGCUUAACACAGAAAAGGAUUUUGUUGCAAACCGAUACUUUUGACGUUUAGUUUUUGUUCACAUCAAAAAUAUUGAAUAACAUUUUGAUUUUACUCUUUCCGAGAGUAAUGUUUUAUGAAAAUGUAGAAAUUCAAAAUAUGUAUCCUUAUUGCCGUAUAACUAUUAUACUGUGACACUUCCAGUUUUCAAGAUAUCUGCAUUAAUAGUUCUCAGCUGUAACACUCUUUUAUACAUUAUUAUUCUGGAAUUCCAUAAGAUAUUUACGUAAAGGUAACGUUUUUUAGCAGGACUUCUGUUUAGGAACGCGAUAUCUGGCUAUUGUAUUUCAAACCUUUUGUCAAUUUUGUGUAUAUAUUAUCCUAUUAUAUUAUGGAUAACAUUAUGAUAUAUUAGUACAUACAAAAUUAUAUAUCAGACGUUACGUUCUAAGAUAUAUUUCUGAUAGUUUAUGCUAAUAUCAUUUGUUGUCUUUGUAACAUAUUCUUCUCAUGAUAUUGUAAGGCAUACAUCCUGUCAUUGCGUUUUUAUUUAUUUUAGCAUUAAUUUGUCUCAAAGACUUUCAUCGAGACCAUCAAACACCGAUGAAUACAUUGUACCGAGAACAAUACGCAUUAAGAAUUACAUACCAUUAUUGUUGCAAGUCGACAUAGGAUCUUCUGUGACGUGUUAUUUCAUAAAGAUAAUGGCGUUUUGCAGUCUUUUGCCCACUUGAUUCAAAUAAGCAUAAUAUAUCAGUACUAGAGUGGGAAAAUACACAACGAUUUAGGCAUUUUAAAACUGAAGAUCAAAUAUUCCUCCGACUUAUCUACUUGUCUUAUUUCACUCAUUCUCAGUACUACAAAUGAGUUCAGUAUAUAGUUUUAAGAAAAAGAAAACAAAGAUCAUUUUUAACUUAUGUCACAUGACACCAUUUUGCUAAAUACUGCCGUUUCUUGAUGAUACAUCGUCUUAUGCUAGAUGGUUGUAAUGAAGUAACAUUCAUAGCUGUCGUUAGUAUCGCAGUCAUAGAAAAGGCAAAGCUGAUAUUGUAUAAAUCUGUUCAGACAUAUCUUAGUGCUCAAGUAUGGUGCUGCAUUUUGUAUAAAGGUCCUCAUAACCAUGUAGUUGUUACACGUCAUAAUAUGCGUAUCUGUUUGUAAAAAUUUAAUUGCAAAAUAGAGUAUAGUAACGUAUUUUGUCGCUUACAUAACCCUUAUAUAUGAUGCAUUAGCCACAGCUGGCUCUCCUUUACGAGUAACAUAUGAUCUCAAGGCGCCAGGUGCAUAAAUGUAGCAGACAACAGAGUACAUGACAAGUAGGUAAUAUGUAAUCAUCACUUCUUAACAAAAUCCUUAAGGCAUACUAUUUACCAAUGCCGAUAUCGAUCUUUCCUAGAUUACCGCUAAACUCUCCUAAACCUUAAUAAUACUUUCUUUGAUUAUAUUUAGAAUUUAGAGAUAAAAGAAACAAAACCAGCUUUUUACAGUGGUUAACAACCCUGCAUUAUAAAGAUGUUAACCAAAAUCUCGAAACUCGCUUAUCCUUUUCCGAUGCAAAUAAGAUCAUUUGUCAACAAUCUCUUCAUCCAACCAAAAUGUUUUUAUUCUAAUACAUAUAAAACCUUGAGUGAAAUCUGUCCAUCUGUGCUUUUCAAACUAUAACCAAAUUGCAAGCAACAACCCUUUAGAUUUUACUUAACGUCCCAUUAUCCUUUAGACGUUGUUUAUUCUAAAGCUUUAUUUUUAAAUCUUGAACAAAAUUUCUUUACUUUAUUAUUUACCUCGUUAAGUUCCUACUUUAAGUUUAGACUACCAUAUAAUAGUAGUCUGCCCCAACAUCUUUGUAUCAACAAAAUGCCACUAAAGUCGAACUACGGCAGAUAAUUGUUGUAACAAAGUAACCCAACUAUUCUUUUUAAUAUAAAGUAACAGAUAUACAUGCGGCAAGUCACCCUCAUUUGGAGUAAACGACAUUUUUAUACAUUAUUGCACACAGGCUUUACCUCAGUGAAUGAUUUUAUGUGUGGAGAUUUACAUUUUCGUAGGCAGGUACUAACCUAAGAACUAUGACUUUAAGAUGAACUUGUAAUUCUUGCAGGCACAGCUUAUCGAUGUGAUUGCAUUUAUAUUCUUGAAGGUUGAGCUUAUCGGAGUGGAUACUGGUGAAGUUGAAAAUUAUUGCACUUUGCAGGUUAAGCCUAUUGAAGUGCUUGCCUUGGAAGAUGAACAUUUUCAUUUUUGCAGGUUUAGCUUAUCAAAAUGAUUGCGGUUAAACAUAUCAAGGUGAUUGCAAUUGAUGGCAAACAUUUACAUUCUUGCAGGCUGAACUUACCUAAUUGUUACGUGUUUUACUAAAUGAUUGACAAUACAGAUAAAUGUUUAGCAGUUAAUGAAGUACUUCCGUGUUUCUUCAUACUUAAUCAUUCAUUAUCGUUCAUAUGAAAUAGUUUUUCCAGCAUGAUCAACCUUUUAUUUUUUUUCCAUAUAAAAUGGACUACUGGAAUGUUCUAUUUGUCAAACAAUUUCAAAGGUGUCAACAUAAAUUAUGUUGCAAGUACUAGCAUUGUGUAAAUAAGUUGGAUUGUAAUACAUUUCAAUUAUAAAUGAGCUAAACUUUCAAAAGAACUAAAACAUAAUUUAUGAAUACCUUAGGAGACCACCCUGAACUAACUUACCAUAUCUAAAAUUGUAUUCAAACAACUGUCUGUUUGACAGAUAUCUUAACCUAAAACCUGUGUGCUGGGAUUGUUAUAUUUUUUGUUGUAGCCCACAUAUAUCACUUACCAUACGUCCUACCUACCAAUUAUAAAUAUAAACUAACAUUUUCUCGUCUAACUAUUAAACCAACACUUACACUUGAUUUUCUUUAGAACGUGUUAUUGUUUGCCCUUCUGUUUUGGAUUUGAACCCUUUGUUAGCAUGAUUACGAAGAAUUUUCAAAUUCGUCUCCACCUUGGAUUGUUUAUACCGUUUUGAAGUAUAACCCAAUGCCCAUUUUCAUAUAACAUACUUCUACUUCUGUUCACACUCUACAUUAUGUAAGUAAGUUUCAUUACAAGUAAACAUUCAUAUUGAUAUUUAUAAAUAUAUUUACACUUUGGAAGGAUUUAAAACUACUAACUAUAGCCGUUGUCUUAUUUAUUGGUUUGCUUUAUUACAGUGACUAUUCCUCAUUGUUUUUAUACUGAAACGCAAACAGGUCGUGAGCUGACUGUAAAUACAUUAACUUGGCUUGAGUCCUCCAUCUACAUGAACCCUCUGUCUGGCUUUGUCUGACUUUUUCCUCGAAACACCUUUCCUGAAAUUCUUUUCCUCUGCUUGAUUUUAUCAAAUUACUAUAUCGGCGCUCAGUAAUGUACGUUCUUGCUUGCCUUUUUAAUAUAAAAAUCCCAAAAGUAUAUUUGAUAUUGAUGUAGAACGUUUUCAAAAGAAAACAGAGAUAUUUUGUUACUGCAUUAUAGCAAUCUAGCAGCCACGAUCUUCACAAUAAUGGUAUGUAAGUAAGACGAGUUGACGUCAGUCGUACUAAAGUGUAGAAAUAUUGGGGUUUUAAACUCAAACAGUCCGAUAUCAUACUGAUGUACAAAAGUUGCGUAUGUUUAAACUUAGUAUGCUGCAAAACACUCAUUGUAGUAAAUAAUCAUUGUGAAAUGCUGUGUUGGUACUGUUGCUUAUUUUAUGAUAUCGUAUAAAUUCUGUUUACAACAACAAUCAUCAGAGACGUUUUUCACAUAUUUAUAACUAUACAUUUUGUACAUGUUUGUUAUCAAAAUUGGAUUUUUGAUCGGGGCUUUUUGUUUAGAUGCUCAUAUAUACAUGUAUAUAUUCAAGCAAUCGUUUGGGAAUCUUGAUUGCAUUUACUUUUUCAAGUUUGUCUUUUAUAGAUAUAGCAGCAAAAUGUAGAAUAUUUAUACAAUAAUUGUAAGACGUUAUGCAGAAUAAAAAGUAAAUUUUAGUAAAUU